AUGUACCGCAUCUUGACAGCUGCGAGCCUUGUGCUUCUGCUUCCACAAUCCGGCUCUGCUUUCGACAUUCAAAGCCUGACAAGGCGUAGUGCUGGCUCCGGAACUGGCUAUGUCCACAUUCCGGUGCAGCACACGGUCAAGAAUUCUAAUGGAGCCCCAAUGAUAAGGCGGAGGGCAAGCGGCAAGUACUCCACGGUUGACUUGGAGAACCUGUCAAGCGCGUACAGCAUCAACAUCUCGAUUGCGGGACAGGACACAACCGUCAUCGUUGACACAGGAAGCUCUGAGCUAUGGGUUGACCCGGAUUGCUCUACGGCAGCCCGCGGCAAUGUCACAGACAGCGAUGAAGGCUCGGGAUUCGAUGUUGGCUCGCCACAAUACUGCGAAUCGAUCGGCCGCUAUGAUCCAGACUCGUCCUCAACUUCGAAGGAUCUUGAGAAAGGAGACGUCUUCGUUUAUGCAGACCUCACCACCAUCGAGCUUAACUACUACACCGACAAUAUUGAUAUCGGAGGCUUAGAAAUCAAGGAGCAGCAGUUUGGUGUUGCAAAUGUUACUAAUGCUACUGCCCUGGGCAUAAUGGGUAUGGGGCCUAACUCUGCUUAUGGAUAUAACUCCUCCACCCAGCCAUACAGCCUUAUAUUGGAUUCUAUGGCUUCGCAAGGCCUAAUAGCAAGCCGUGCUUUCAGUCUGGACCUCAAAAACUACGAUAAUGCAACCGGAUCCAUCAUCUUUGGUGGUUUGGAUAAGAAGAAGUUCCUUGGUUCCCUACAAACACUACCCCUGGAAUCGCCUCAGAUGUCGGCUGGCGCCUAUGGCGAUGGUAGUGAUGACGAGAAGUACACAAACCACGGUUACUUUGUCACAGUCCAGUCCCUAAGCAUGACUAAACCGAACGACACCUCCUCCAGCAAAUAUGACCAAGACAGCUUUUUAGCAGUUCUUGACAGUGGGACGAGCGCGAUUCUGACGCCCGAAGGCAUAUCGUCUCAAAUUUGCAACGAUGUAGGAGGGACUGAGAUGACACAAUCCGGCUCCAGCUUUUGUACAGUCCCUUGCGAUGUGAAGAACCAACCUGGCGGGCUGGAUGUGGAAUUCCAAGGCAAGACUAUCCGUGUCACCUUCGAAAAUCUCUUCACGGAAGUCGAGCAGGACGGCUAUACUUUCUGCUUCCUAGGAGUGGGUGACACAGGAGUUGCUACAGAUCCACCUACUUAUAUCCUAGGCAGUCCGUUUCUGCGAGCCGCGUACGCCGUAUUUGACUGGGACAAUCAGCAGGUGCAUCUUGCUCAGGCCUCUGAUUGUGGCAGCAACGUCGUGGCUAUCGGUACCGGUACGGGUGCUGUCCCCACUGGCGGUGGCUGCAAAGAGUCGGCAUCGCUUCCUUCUAUUCACAGAAACGUCGGGCUAGCAAUGGUCGCUUUCUUGGCAAGCACUCUGUUCUUGAUGAUCACCCAACUCUUGCUCCAUUUGGAACAUCCGAUUACAAAAAAUUGGUCUUACGGCAUAAGCCGAGGGGGCACUGCCGCGUGCGUAGUUGCUGGAAGGCUAGCAGAAGCGGAUCCUGAACUGUCCAUUCUCGUCAUCGAAGGCGGACAAGACAAUUUCAAUGUGCCCAGUGUGGUUAAUCCUGUCCUCUUUUACCAGCAUCUACUACCCACCAGCAAGACAGCCUUGUUCUAUAAAGCCAAGGCUUCUGAGCACCUCGCUGGGCGAGAAUCGAUAGUCCCGUCAGGGGGAACUUUGGGCGGAGGCUCUUCGAUUAACUUCAUGAUGUACACAAGGUCCCAACGUGAGGACUUUGACUCGUGGAACACGCCGGGAUGGACGGCUGAUGAUAUCCUCCCCUUCAUGAGAAAGCUCGAGACCUACCACGGCCCCGGGGAUGCUGAUAGACACGGAUAUUCGGGCCCGAUUCACGUCAGCAAUGGUGGAUACAGCGUUGAGAGCCCUAAGGAUGACUAUAUCAACGUGCUCAAGACUUAUGGUGGUUUGCCUGAGAGCAAAGAUAUGCAGAGCCUUGAUGCCAAUAACUGCUGUGAGCGAUCACUCAAAUACGUCUCACCGGAGGGCAAACGCCAAGAUGCAGCCCACACAUUUCUUCACCCGAAACUACAAGAUGGGAAACACCCAAAUUUACACGUUCUUGUCGAGGCAAAGGUCAUACGCGUUCUAUUUGACGAGAACAAGAAGGCAUGCGGUGUCGAAGUCACUCCCAACCCUGACUUCCAGGUCCAGAUUGGAGUCACCAAGAGCCCUAAGCAGGUCUUCAGAGCUCGAAAAUUAGUGGUGGUCUCCUGUGGGGCGAACGGAACGCCUAAUGUCCUGGAAAGAUCCGGCAUUGGCGGCAAGGAAAUCCUUGAGAAGGCAGGCGUACCAGUUGUGGUCGACUUGCCUGGUGUGGGAAGCAAUUGGCAAGAUCAUCAUCUGAUCCUUCUACCUUUCAAAACGUCGCUCCAGCCACGCGAGACCGGCGAUCUUGUCAUCAGUGGUCGCGUAAAAGAGGAAGACUUGAUCAAAAAUAAGGACAAAAUCCUGGGUUGGAAUUUGGUUGAUGUUGGUGUGAAGAUGCAGCCGUCGGAAGCAGAUCGCGCGACGUUGGACAAGGAUCUGUUGGCGGCCUGGGAGCGGGAUUUCAAGGACAAACCAAACAAGCCUUUGAUGCUGAUUGCCUUCAUCAAUGGCUUUGUCGGCGACCAUUCAGCUCUGGAGGAAGGACAGUACGUCCUGAUGGCCAAUUAUACCGCUUACCCGUACUCUCGGGGCUCAAUGCACAUCACUGGUCCCGAUAUCAAUGAUGCACUCGACUUCGACGUUGGAUUUUUCUCCGAUCCAGGCGACAUUGACCUCAAGAAGCAAGUGUGGGCAUAUAAGAAACAACGCGAGUUUAUGAGGCGUACGCAGAUGUUCCGAGGCGAGGUCGCUCUGGGCCAUCCAAAGUUCUCACCAACAUCAAAGGCUGCACUAGUCGAGGAUGUCUCGACCCUCGACCUGCGAGGGGACGAUGUCCACGAUUUGGAGUAUUCGGCCGAGGACGACAAAGCCAUCGAGCAAUUCCUACGUGAGAAUAUCCAGACUACAUGGCAUUCGAUUGCGUCGUGUAGGAUGGCGCCGAGAGAAGAAAUGGGCGUUGUGGAUGGAAACUUGAGUGUAUAUGGUGUUCAGAACCUAAAGCUCGCGGAUCUGAGCAUUCCGCCUGAAAACGUUGGAGCAAAUACCAACAAUACGGCUCUUGUCAUCGGAGAAAAGGCCGCAGACAUUAUUGCGCAAGAGCUUGGAUUGCCAAGAAGAUGA